AGUAUUUAUUGGGCACGCCUACUCUGACUGAAGGCAUUUUGGACUUGCUAGGACAGUGAUAAGGGUCUUGGGUACAAAAUGCUCCUGAUUCUGGUGUAGCUCCAUGGCGAGUCAGAACACCGAACAGGAAUACAAAGACAAGCUGGCCCCGUCUGUUGGUGGAGAGCCAACAAGCGGGGACCCAUUUAGUUCUUCACCUGAUCCAAAUCCAGAUUCCAGCGAGGUUUUGGACAGACACAAGGACCAAGUUGUGAGCCAAGAUCCAGGCUCCCAAGAUAACUCACCACCAGAAGACCGAAACCAAUGCGUGGUCAACACGGAAGACAACCACAACCUUUUUAGGCUCUCCUUCCCAAGAAAGCUUUGGAUGAUGGUGGAAGAAGACACAUUCAAGUCUGUGAGCUGGAACGAUGAUGGAGACGCCGUGAUCAUCGAGAAGGAUCUCUUCCAGAGGGAAGUUCUUCAACGGAGAGGUGCAGAGAGGAUCUUCGAAACAGACAGCUUGAAGAGUUUCAUUCGCCAACUGAACCUUUAUGGAUUCUGCAAAACACGCCCAAGCAAAGGAAACAAGAAAAUGAUGAUCUACCACAACUCCAAUUUUCAGAGAGACAAGCCCAGGCUCCUGGAGAAUAUCCAGAGAAAAGAUGACCUCAGAAGCACGGCUCAGCAAGCAACCUAUGUCCCAACUCCAAAGAGAAAGAAGCUGGUAGCUACAAGACGCUCCCUACGUAUCUAUCACAUCAAUGCCAAGAAAGAAGCCAUCAAAAUGUGUCAGCGGAGAGCCCCCAUUGUUCAGGGACCCAGUGGCAGUCAGUCCUUCAUGUUCUCUGGCAUGUGGUCCAAGAACAGUAUCACUGGGCAUCCCCUGGGAAAUAGGCCCCCUCAGGAACCAAAUGGCCCAAGAUGGGAGGGCACCUCUGGGAAUGCCACAUUUGCAUCUUCGGCUACUGCCUGGAUGGAAGGCAUAGGGCAAGUGCCUAGUAGCCCGGUUUACUCAGAUAAUGGUAGUGUAUUGUCUUUGUACAAUAUCUGUUACUCCAUUCUGUUGGCCACCCUCUCAGUCAUGUCUCCAAAUGAGCCCUCUGACAAUGACGAGGAGCAGGAAGGCUCCUCAGAUUACAAGUGUAGAUUCUGUGAACAGUUCAGAAACAAUGCAAGUCCGUGAACUCACAGGCCACUAAUGACCGAUAAAAGUUGCCAUUUGCUAAUGAGAAACACAUUUUUGGUCUUAAUAAAGAAAAACAAAAUUCCAUGGAAAUAAAUAACAAACAAUUUAAAUGAGA